AUGAAGUUUGUCGCCGUCACUCUCUUCCUCGCCGGCCUGGCCCUGGCCAGCCCCCCCAGGCCCGUCGCGCCCGGUCCUUGCGACCGAUGCUCUUGCGACGGCACCUGGCAACCCAAUCUGUUCGCCACGCACCCCAACGCCAAGAUGGUCUGCAUCCCCAAGGGUGCAAUCCAGUAA